AUGACUAUGAUGAGUCCUCAGCAGAUGCAGCAGCUUCUGUCCCCGGGUCAGCUCCAGGCUCUGCUCCAGCAACGGCAGCACACUAUCCCGCUCCAGCAGCUCUCUAGGCAGCAGCUAGUGUUCCAGCAGAUCCUCCAGCAGGAGCUGUUCAAAGUGCAAAGACCAGACCUGGCCUCCCACACCUUGUUUCCAGCUGGCUUGAGUACUAUUGAGCUCCAGCAGAUAUGGAAGGAGCUAACCAACAGCACAAUGGAAGAUAAAAGCACAAAGGAUAGGUGUCCAGACCGUAUCAUCACUCUGUCCCCUACUGAACCCGUAACAACAGCCAAAGCAUCAAUGUCAAACACCCACAACUUCCCUACCAACGGUCAAUCUCAUAGUUCCAGCCCAAGAGAAGGCUUGCUGGAUGUGGAUCAAACAAUCACACACUCACUCUAUGGAUAUGGUGUGUGUAUUUGGCCGGGCUGUGAGACUGUUUGUGAAAACGUCAGCCAGUUUAUCAAGCACCUAAGUAUUGAGCACAUGCUGGAUGAAAGGAGCACAGCCCAGUGCAGAGUCCAGAUGCAGGUGGUGCAGCAGUUAGACCUCCAGCUCUCUAAAGAACAGGAGCGUCUCCAAGCUAUGAUGGCCCACUUACAACUGCCAACUUUGCAAACACAGUCCCCUUCCAAACCUCUGAGUUCUGGGUCCGGUGUCACCAUGUCCAAGAGCCUGCCACCACUGUCCCCUCAGAUGCCCCCAUUGGCCCCUGUCACCUCCCCAUCCUCACCCCGGGGGCCUGCAGGACUCUGCCCCACAAGUGUGGGGGCAAUGCGAAGACACCACUCAGACAAGCACCCCUCUCUCUGCUCUCUGUCUUCAGAAUUGAACCCAAAUCAUGAGAUGUACAGCAAUGCAGAUAUCAGGCCACCUUUUACCUAUGCUACUCUGAUAAGACAGGCUAUAAUGGAUGCAUCGGACAUGCAGUUAACACUUAAUGAGAUAUACAGCUGGUUUACACAGACCUUUGCCUACUUCAGACGCAAUGCUGCAACGUGGAAGAAUGCAGUCCGCCACAACCUGAGCCUGCACAAGUGUUUUGUGCGUGUAGAGAACGUGAAGGGGGCCGUGUGGACAGUGGACGAGAUGGAGUACCAGAGAAGGAGGUCUCAGAAGAUCACAAGAAGCCCAACGCUAGGGAAGAACCUUCUCUCCAGCCUUGCUUAUUGGACUGCUCUUAAUACCAGUUUACAAAACAGGAGCCCUGCAGGCCUGAUAGGCAGCAGUUAUUUGGGUCUGAUACACCGGACCAAGUCACUAAAACAUCCGGACCUCCAGGACACCAAUGGACAACGCAGCCCACACUCCACUGGCCCAGCUGUGAGUAUGUCACAGUAUAUCACUGUUAUGGUAAAGACAUGA